AUGAGGAAGCGGCGCGCACGCUCCAAGAUCCGCGCCAGAAGAGGUCCCGGCGCCAAAAGAGCACACCUAGAGGGUGUUCCUUCCAGCUCAAGCCCGGAUCCGGGGUCCGUGAGGGCCCCGGAGCAGUCUGCAGAAGCGCGAGGCUUCAUCGACAGCAAUCAGAGCAUGGAGCGCAGCCACUAUGACACCGGCUACCACAGCCUGGGAGUCGACGAGGAGGAGGAAGAAAGGCAUGAUGCGGAGCCUACCUUGACCUCGGAGGUUGUAACCGGAGGAGAGGGCGGGGAGGAGGGUACGCAGUCCGAAUCUGAGCCUAAAGAAGCAGCAGCAACAGACCUCCUUGGCGCCUUGGAGGACGAAAACCGUGAGGGCGGCGGCGGCGACGGCGACGGCGACAGCGACGGCGACAGCGACGGCGACGGUCUUGAGCCCCCUCAGCAGCAGGAGGAGCCGGCCCCGCCGGCCGCUGAGGGGCCACGAAUCGGAGCGAGAGAGCAGCGCCGCAAGCGUACCGUGUUCACCCAGUUGCAGCUGCAGGAGCUGGAGAACGUUUUCCACCGCACUCAUUACCCCGACGUGUUCGCGCGAGAGGAGAUUGCAGAACGCUUGAAUUUGGCUGAAUCCAGAGUGCAGGUUUGGUUUCACAACAGAAGGGCCAAGUGGAGAAGACACCAGAGGGCACUGAUGUUCAGAAAUCUGCCUGCUGUUGCCUUGGGCCCUGCUGUGGGGGUAAACUUUGCUGGGCCCUAUCAUGUAAUCCCUGUUCUAGAGCCUGCAUGGAGAUGUGUUCCUGCAGUGCCAUAUCCAGUCAUCCCACUUGGGCCAGCCCUACCACCUGUGCUACGUGGGCCACCACCUCUGCCACCCAGGCCACCCCGGAUGCCUUUGCCACCCAGGAUGCCUUUGCCACUCUGGCCACAUGUGCCUCCCUUUGCUCUGGUCCCUAUAGGUGUGGCAUGGGCCCCUGUCAUCAAUGGUCAUUUCGUAGGCCCCAAUUUAUGA